UACCUUUACACUACACAGGCAGUACCAGAGUGAAGUGCAUAGUGAAAGUACCGUAGACGUAAAAAUAAAAAUCGCUAUAGCAAUGACAGUGUAAAUGAGAGAACAUCUUCGUUUUGCUGGACGCUCGUGUGAAAAUUACUACAAUUAAUACGACAGUACUUCGCAGGAAAGUCUGUUAAGUCGGUCUUCAGAAUUCGGUACUGCUGUGCUUCCUAUAAUAUGCAUCUUAGAAAAGAAAUUUCAAGUAAUGGGCAAUAUUGGCAGUCAAACGUCACAGAUCAGCGGUAACCGCUUAGAAGUGCUGCGACAGCAACCUCAACUUCUUAAGCCUUAUCCUAAGGUUGUACCUCCGGUUAAAGUACUCCCUGAUCCAGAAUCCAGGCAACGCCUCCGGCAAACAAAUAAUGGAGAUAUACUGCAGUCAGGGGGUACAUUAAGCGGUAGGCAUCAAGUGCCUUUGCGAAAUGGAACGUCUCGGCCUCACUCAGCGGCCCAGAGGUUCUCUCUGCAAAGAGAAGGCAACAAAACAACUGCCCAAAGCAAACACUAUGCAUCUAGUCAAAACCAGCUUAACUCCCAAGUUAAGUCAUACAAAUCAGAGCCAGAUUUGCGAAAUUCCUCCAACGUGAUCCAUGAAAUAAAGGAAUAUCGAGCCAAAAAGAAGUAUAAAGCCCCAGCUCCACCUAACCAGCGAAAAGAGGAGAAGUCAUCUAGCUGGGACGAUGACGAGAGUGGAGAAUUCACACCUCGUCGAGCUCGUCUGUUUAAAACCAGGGUAGAAACGAAAAAAGAAUCUAGUUACACAAAUACCGGCAUUCAAACAGCGGAAAAUAACUCUGACAUAAUAGAAGAAAAGAUACUAGCCAGUCACAUUCCAACCAACUAUGCCCGACCUAACAGAAUAUCAUUACCAGAGUUUGGUUUAAUGGAGUCGAGUGAAUUCAAGGAAGAACUAAAGCAAGUAACUAGUAAGCUAAAAGAGGCGACUUCAGUACACGAACCAAUCGACGGAUUUAAACUAUCAAACGAACAUUUUAAAUUGCAAUCAACCAUUGAACAAGAUGCUGAGGGCGAUAGAAGAUUAAUUCGGGGAGAACCAUCUGGGAAAGAAUCUUCCACACCUGAGCUAUCGCCGAACUUGCGAGCAAUGGAUAACCAAAAACCGAGGGAGUUCUACUUUGGGAUGGAAAGAGAGGAUUCUGACGUGUCCAGUAGUUACCAGGCUGAAGAGGAGGACGAUGAAUCCACAAUUGCUUUGCGCUUACGCCCAGUGUUACCUAGAAAACCUCCUCAAAUUCCGCAUUUUUCCCCAUCUGCGGCAUGGAGACUGCUGAAUGCUCGAACGCAGGAUUCAGGAAUAUCUCCUGAAGCUCGACCUCCAGUAUGUUCGUCUUGGACGCCUCAACAGGACUUAGAAGAUGAUUCUAGCUUGGAAGAGCUAAGGCGAGAACUUCCCAAGUCAGUCCAUAGGCACCGACCACAUAUCUUCAGCUUAUCCUUGCCAAGAGACCUACAGCCCGCUUCUUUCACCACGCUUGCUUCAAACAAACCUGGCGUCAGCAGCUUGAGAAAACUUAAGCGUUCUGUAUCGGGGGUAUUAAAUAAUUUGUCACCCAGGCGAGAGCCCGAGCAACGAACAUUUCCAAAGGAUCAAGAUGACGCUAACUGGUUCUUGAGCAGAUCGGCCCCAAAUUCCAUAAAUGAAAAUUCUCUGGAUAUUCCCGAAGUAUCAUUCUCCCACAUAUCAACCACCUCCAGAUUGAUGUAUUUGCCUGAAAACAUCGGCGACUCGCCACAAAAUGACUCAAACAAGUAUCAGUUAUCAGCAUUUUCAAAAUCAUGCGAGGAACUUAAAAUGCCAGAGUCGUUGAGGGAUUCCAAGUCAAUUUUGGAGCCCAUAUGGUCGAAAGACGCGCCAUUGAGGAAGCCGCGGAAGUUCACCUUUCAAAGCACUGUUCGGCAAAUUGAACGCAAAAAAAUGGCUGAACGAUUAUCGAAAGAAGCGGAGAAAAAGGAAAAUCAGAGACUUAGGGAAUUAGAAGCCAUGAGAAGGGUGGAAGAGGAAUUUCAAAAAAAGCGUGCCAAGGAGAAGGCUAAUAUUCGGCAUCAGUUAAGGCUGUAUGCGAUGGAUGAGACUCAGUGGACAAGCCUGCCAUUCGAAGUUAAUGAUGUUAAGCUUGAGGAGCGGCAAGAACCAGAAGGUGCCCUUUCUUCCUCUGCUUCGUCGCCAAUCUUGAACCCAAAACUCCAAGAUCCGGGCAAGCAAAGUAAUGCACUUGAAGCAAAAAAAAUUACUCAGGUUACCCAAGAACUGUCUGAGUAUAGACAAAUACAAAGGGAUUACAAGGAAUAUAGAGGCGUAACGAAGUUUAGUACCGACAAUCGAGGAUAUAGACAAACGACUGUGUAUCCAGAAAUUACAUGUAAUAUGCCAAGUGCAAAAGUUGCAGGUUCAAAUUUUCAACGUGGCAAUUACAGGAAAGACUUCGCCUUUGGAAUGAAAAGUUCAAAGUCAGUCGACAGUAACUACUCUGAAGACUCUCCUAAAUAUCGUAAUAAGUUUUCUCCAAUUACAAGGUUUUAACCCCAAACACCCAUAUACUAAAACUCCAUGUUAUAAAGGAUUAUCACUGGAUAAUAAAGUUACUAAAACUUA